GCAACGUAUCCGGAUCAUAGCUACCUUUUACAGAACUUUAAUUUAGACUAUUUUCAUUUUUUAUGAAAAAUCUCCUUUGCUAAUAUGAACUACAUUAUUUUUGUGUUCUGCAUUCUUUCUACUCUCCUUGAUACAGGGAAUUGUAUACAAUGUGCUCAUUGCCUAUCUUCAUCUGGACAUGACUGUGAUGGUCCGUUAAAAACCUGCCCAAGUGGCCUUAUCUGUGCUUCUCGUUUUGCAAAAGAAACUGUACUUGGAACUCUUAAAUUGGAAGUCGUAAGAAACUGUCAACCAAUUUCAUUCUGUGACCAGUCCUUCUCACUCAUUCGAGAAGAUCAUAGAACAAUUGUAUCCUCCAGCUGCUGUAAUACUGAUGACUGUACACCUGUUAAACCUAGCACAGAUACUGUUGGUAAUGGAAUUAAAUGCCCUGUCUGUUUUUCCCCGGGAACUACCUACUGUUCCUCAGAGAAUCUUAUUGAAUGCACUGGAAAAGAAAACAAAUGUUACAACUACAUCUUAAAUGGAGAAUCGACCAAGAUAUCUGCACGAGGCUGCUCAACUGAUCGACUUUGCCAAGCACUUGUUGGAACAAUUGUUAAUGAUGAACUACAGGCUGGAGUAGGGAGAUGUGUAACUAACCCAUCUGCCAGAACCUUCUUGAUCUAAUGACAUUCAGGUUUCAUUUACCUCAAUUCAGUCCUUAACCUUCUAAUAAAAUGGAAUUAAUUAUU